ACACAACAGAUAUGCAUCCUAACCCCAUAAAAAUAUUUACAAAGCCUUACUCUCCCAAACACUUUCACUUUGAUCCAUCUUGCUCUCGACUUCCUCGGUCCUCUCUGAUCGGCUCUUCAUCUUCGAUACGGAGCAGUGAUCAUCUUUUAGAUUGGUCAUAACGAGCUGAAAAUGACGAGUAUUGUUGUCAAGCUUGGCUUGCUAUCCCUUCUGGUGCUCUUCCUGGGGGCUAAUGGCCGUGUCGGGCCAGCUAACCACACCGCCUUGUACGUCGCCGACGGAGGACCAUUCGUCAGGGCCAGCGGGAUCCAUUUUGCCGUUAACAGGAAGUCCCUGUUCUUGAACGGGUUCAACGCGUACUGGAUGAUGUACAUGGCCUCUGAUCCGUCGACGAGGGACAAGGUCUCGAGCGCCAUUGAGCAGGCUGCGAAGAGUGGGAUGAACGUCGCUAGAACCUGGGCUUUUGCCGACGGAGGGUCCAAGGCUCUUCAGACCUCCCCCGGGUCCUACAAUGAGGAAGUCUUCAGGGGACUGGACUUCGUGAUAUCAGAGGCGAAGAAACAUGGAGUGUACUUAAUACUGAGCUUGGUGAACAACUGGGACGACUUUGGGGGAAGAAAGCAAUACGUCCAGUGGGCACGGGACCAUGGCCAGUCCUUGAGCAGCGAUGAUGACUUCUUCACCAAUCCCGUGGUCAAGGGAUUUUACAAGAACCACGUCAAGGCUGUGCUCACGAGAAUCAACUCGUUCACCAGAGUCGCAUACAAGGACGAGUCAAACAUCUUCUCGUGGGAGCUCAUGAACGAGCCCCGCUGCCAGUCUGACCCGUCCGGCAAAUGGUUGCAGGACUGGGUGAGCGAAAUGGCCACAUAUGUCAAGUCCAUCGAUAGCAACCAUAUGCUUGAAGUCGGGCUCGAAGGAUUCUACGGCCAAACAGUACCAGGAAAGGCCCAGCAGAUCAAUCCUAAUGGAUGGCUCAUGGGAUCCGAUUUCAUCUCUAACAACCAGGUCCCUCAGGUUGAUUUCGCAACCAUUCACAUGUACCCAGAGCAGUGGUUAUCGGGUUCCAGAGAGCAGGAGCAGGCGGCGUUCGUGGACAAGUGGGUCCAGGCCCACAUUCAGGACUCCAAGUCGAUCCUGCAGAAGCCGAUGAUCAUCGCCGAAUUUGGCAAGUCGUCGAAGAGCCAGGGGUACAGCUUGGAAAAGAGGGACAGCUACUUCGGGAAGAUCUACAAUGCAGUCUACGUCAGUUCCAGGGAUGGGGGCGCAUGUGUUGGUGGGCUCUUCUGGCAGCUGCUGGCCCGAGGCAUGUCCAACAUGGGAGACGGGUACGAGGUCGUCCUGGAGGACAGCCCUUCUACUGCCAGCCUCAUUGCCGUCCAGUCCAGCAAGAUGUCAUCCAUCUAGCCAAAACAUUAAUGCGACAUGGCUUAGUCUCACUAGCUCUUCUUCUUUUGGCUAUUAUGAUAAUAUUAUUAUUGUUGCAACCUGCAGAGAUUUGCAAAAUGUAGAGCUGGCAACGUAUGUGUAAUACCUAAAAAGGUACUGUACUAUAUAUAUAUGUUAUCUAAUCUAUCGCCUGGGUUUUAUGAA